GGUAGCGAUGUUCUCGGCGUGAAGGUAACAGACAUGGACGUCCCAGCUACCAAGCGUGGCGUUCUAAGAAGACUGUCUAUGGUCUUCGACCCUAUUGGAAUCGUCUCUCCGUUUGUUCUCAGGGCCAAGCUGCUCGUCCAGCACCUCUGGAAGCUGAAGCUCGACUGGGACUGCCAGCUGAGCGGAGAAGAACUCCUGGCUUGGGAGAACUGGUUGUCGGAGAUGCCUCAUCUCGAGACCAUCGAGAUCCAGCGAUGCUACGCGGCUGAUGUUCCGCCGGAUGGUGAAGUCACAGGUCGAGAGCUUCACAUCUUUUGUGACGCAUCCCAAAAGGCCUUUGGUGCAGUCGCAUACCUCAGGAUGUCAUGUGCCGACGGCACGAACACCACCUCCUUCAUCAUGUCACGGACUCGUCUCGCUCCCUUGAAGCAAUUGACAAUUGUUCGCCUUGAGCUGCAGGCUGCUGUGUUGGGGGUGAGGCUGGCCAACUUCGUCAAAGGAGAGCUCACGUGCAGUCUCGAUGAAAUCUUCCUGUGGACCGACAGCUCUGUGGUGCUGCGGUUCUUAAGAAACGAAAGUCGUCGGUUCCACACUUUCGUCGCCAACAGGAUCGCAGAAAUACAAGAUUCAUCAGAGACUGAGCAGUGGCACCAUGUUCCCGGUGAGCUCAACCCAGCAGACGUUUGCUCUCGCGGGAUGUCAGGCCCGGACCUCCAGACAUGCUCACUGUGGUGGUCGGGCCCCGAGUUCUUGACCAAGGAUCGUGAAGAAUGGCCUCCGGAACGCGUCACGUCAACGCAAAGCGCAGAAGACGCAGAAAUGAAGACUCCAAAUGAAGCAGUAUUUGCAGCACAGAGCAGCGAGGGGCCACUGGUGGAUCCUUCCCGGUACUCAUCGUGGGUGAAGUACAAACGCACGGUGGCUUGGGUGCUGCGAUUCUGCGAGAACGCCAGGCGGAGUAAAGACAGCCGUGUAAGUGGAGCUCUUACGUCGGCUGAGGUCCAGUCAGCUGAGGUUUUCGUCCUCAGAGAGCUCCAACGGGCGGCGUACCAUGCCGAACUGCAAGCUGUCGCCAGUGGAUCUCGGCUGCCGAAGGACAGCACGCUUCUCCAUCUCUCCCCGUAUGUCGACGAGCGGGGACUGCUCCGAGCGAGGGGACGUCUCCGUAAUGCCCCACUGGCUGAGACCUGUCGUCAUCCUCUCCUCAUCAGUAAGAACGAUGACGUGAUCAGACUGAUCGUCACCGAUGUCCACAGACGGGCACUGCACGCAGGUCUGGAGCAGACGCUCAGUGAGCUGCGGCUUCACUACUGGAUACCCAAGGCAAGAUCAGUAACAAGAAAGCUCAUCUACAACUGUGCGUACUGCAGGAGGAGAAGUGCGCAGCCCCCGACUCCAAUGAUGGCGGACCUACCGGCGAGUCGGUUUGACAUGUCUCGACCGUUUGCAUGUGUUGGCCUUGACUACUGUGGCCCACUCCCCGUUCGGAAGUUCCGCAAGACCGAAAAGCGCUAUGUGCUGCUCAUCACCUGCCUGGCGACGCGUGCAUUGCACUUGGAGCUUGUGAGCUCGAUGGAUACAGAUGGGUUCCUCAUGGCCCUCAGGCGCUUCUUUGCCCGCCGAGGGCGUCCGCGUGUCAUUUGGUCAGAUAAUGGCACGAAUCUGGUCGCAGGUGAAAAGGAGCUUAGGAGUUGUCUGGAUGCGUGGAAUCAGGCGCAGAUCACCGACGAACUUAGUCAGCGACACAUCGAGUGGCGUUUUAACCCUCCCACCGCCAGCCACAUGGGCGGUGUUUGGGAGAGGUUGGUGGCGAUGGUUAAGCGCGCUUUGCGAGUGGUGUUGGGCAACCAGUGUGUCAGUGAGGACGUACUGCACACCGCGCUGGUGGAAGUAGAAUUCACCAUCAACAGUCGCCCACUCACUUACGUGAGUUCGGACAUCAAUGACCCUGAGCCUCUCACGCCCAACCAUUUCGUUCUGGGUAGCCCUCAGGCUGCCUUUCCUCCAGGGAUGUUCACUGAUGGUGAUGCGUUGGGUCGAGGGAAAUGGCGGCAAUCCCAGGUUCUGGCCAACCAGCUCUGGCGCCGCUGGCAGCGUGAAUACCUGCCCAUGCUCAUCCAGAGGAAGAAAUGGGUUCAUGAAGAUCGCGAUCUGCAAGUUGGAGAUAUCGUGCUCAUGGUCGAGCAGGGGUCACCACGAGGAUACUGGCCGCUGGCCAAGGUCACGGAAGUUUCUCCGGGAGAUGAUGGUCGUGUCCGGACUGUGACAGUGCAGACCUCCAGCGGAUCUACCUAUCGACGACCAGCGAACAAGAUAUGCUUUUUAGAAAGCUGCGUUCAGGGAAGAAACUGAGCAAACGGCCGUGAAAGCGAGAAUGAAAGUCAUGAAGAGUGAAAGUUCUGUUGCUAGGCGCUGUUUAUCCUAGCCCUAUUCAAGUACCGUCCUGGCCCCCUGUCUUACCUGUUAAACAGUACCUCAUCCAUUGGCACUGACACGAUGCGCCCAGCGUACUGUUCGAUGCUCGACCCGGAGAAGCCUCGGGCUGCUGACGUACUGCAUGGCCGCGUCCUGGAGCUGAGGGGUGGCGGCGUGCUGCGCUGGACCUGUGAUCGGCUGUGUGCUCGGGACUGGUUCCGAGACCUGGCCCGCCGCCGACGGGGUCUCCUGAGCUCUGGCCGCUGAGCGGAGGAUGCGAGGCUGGGGAGAGACGGCGUCUGCCUGGCGCGGACGACUGCGUGAGCUGCUCGGACGAACGCUGAGUGGAGAGGUGUAGCGGAUGAUGGACUCUAUAGUUUUGCGCACGGUUUCGGCGUUACGGUUCGCCGGCGCGGUGCGUCUGUACGAUAUCUGAGUGACUGGCCGGAGAACGGGCAGGUGACAGUGCAUGGAGGCUGAGUGCUGGAUGCUAAAGCUGCUGUGCGAUAUCUGCUUUUCUCUGAGAUGUGCAGUGCUUGACGCGUGCGUUCGUGCGUAUUUUGAGUUAAUGUGUCUAGCGUAAGUUUUCGGCGAUCAUUGAGCUGAACGCUGAAUAAUCGACGAUGGUCGCUCCAGUUAGUGUUCUCCUCAGGCCUAGGAUAAGCACUGGGGGGAGUGUUGCGACCACCGAGUCUUACUGAGGUUUCUCUUUUCUCAGGUCUUGCACUGACAGACAUGUAUAAAUAUUAACUGUGUGUGCCUGAACUGACAAGCUGGCAUGAUGAGAUGGCAUGCUGAGACUGCUAUGCUGAGACUGGCAUGAACUGGGAGCGGAAACUUCGAAACCCCACUUUGCUGCAUGCGCGCAAGGCUGUGUUUUGUGCCAUUCCUUCUGUUUCUAUCUUUUUCCUUUGUUUGCCUUUCAAUGUAUCCUUCCCUUUACGUCUUUCAUUUUUGUGUACAAUAAAGCGUUCAACGUA